CCGGAAGCAAUGACCUGAUGUUACGAAAAAGAGCUGGCUGAAUGAAAAUCACCAAACUGUCAAACCAUUUCGGAGAUAGCUGAGCUAAGGUAUGAUUUAGUAAACUAGCUAUAUAAACCAAUUACAAUAUUAUGCGCUUGUUCUAAUUGCACUGAUAAGGGGCAAAUGAAAAUCACAGGUUAGGAAGCACGUUAGCUAGCUAAUGAAAGUGGUGGCUAAGCUAGCUUUGGGACAUAACAUAGGGAGUUUGUGUACACAGACGUUGUGUCCCAAAGCUAUGGCUAAGCAUGCUGUUUGAGUCAGUCUCUUGUUUUGGUGAAGCUGUAAGUAACCUAGCUACAUCUGCAACUAGCUAACUACAAUAAAUAGGUUGUCUCUAGGCAGACCGGCAAUGUUCCCUAGGUCUGGGAUGUCCGAGACUAAUAAUGGGGUAUAACAAAGUCAAACAUAGUUAGAUUGGCCAAACUAUCUAGUUAGCUACUCGCAUUUGUGUUGAACCCUUCAAAAAUAUUGAUAUCUUUUUUUUUCUUCGCUUUUCAUUAAGACAGCUGUGAUGUCUACUGAAGAGAUGAUUUCAGUAGAUUAUGAAAUAUUUGGGAGAGUUCAAGGUGUAUUUUUUCGAAAAUACACUCAGGUAAGAAUACAAUACAACAGUAGGACAUAAACCAAUAAGCCAUUAUUAUUAUUUGUCAUUUGAAAGUCAUGUUUCAUACCUCUGCCAAUGCUUAGUAACACAUGGUCAAUUAGCAGUCUGACUGUCAGUCAGUAGAUUAGACAUAAGCAUACUUUCAUAACUACUCAUUGAUGUUUUCAGCUGUAUGGUUUGCUUCAUUUAAUUUAUUUGUCACUCAGUCAUGCUAGCAGGGGUAAGCAGUCCUGGCCGAGACACAUCAGGGGUUGUAGUGCUGAGCUGGAUUAAAAAAUAUGUACACCUUGUGGCUCUUCAAGGACAUACUCCUGAGUAAUGAUAACCUCUCCUUCUUCCAUGGUUGGUGGUGUUUUUCAGGCAGAGGGGAAAAAGCUAGGCUUGGUCGGCUGGGUGCAGAACACAGAGGCAGGAACUGUGCAGGGGCAGCUUCAAGGUCCAAGCAACAAGGUGAGACAGAUGCAGGAUUGGCUCAAGUCCACUGGGAGCCCCAAGUCACAAAUCAUCAAAGCAGAGUUCAAGAAUGAGAAAAAUGUUAAGAGCUUGGAUCACUCAACGUUCAAAAUAGUUCUCCUUUGAAUUUAUUUUAUACAGUAUUACAUUCCAAACUAAUGUGUGAGAUAUUCUUGUUAUUUAAAAUUAGGAUUGUUUUGUUACAGUUCCUGAAAUGAAAAGCUUUAGAAAUGUACUGUAAAUCAUUUAAACGUAUUUAAAUGUACGUUAGGCCUUAACUCUGAAUUGUGUGUUAACGUGUAAUAUUUAAAAUCCAUACAACUAAAAUAAAAUAUU